AUGCGACCCGAAUACAAGGGGUACGCGAAACGCCGCGAUAUUCACGACCUCAGCGAUCUGCUCGAGGAGGCCGCCGAGUUUGAGGGCAUCGAGCAGAAAGCCCGCGAGCUCCGAAAAACACCGAAAGGCAUCGCGGUCUCACCCGCCGUUGCCACCACGUACAGCCGGGAGGAAUGCUUUCUGCUCGCAAUGCGGGAAGGACGGAAUCCUCACCAAGGACUGCCACCCGCCGCCGGGAAACGCCAACCGUGCCGAGAACACUACGGCCGACUCCCGGGCGACCAGCACGGCGUAAAAUACACGCCAAGGCCGCACUUGACCGUCACGGUCCACGGGCUCCCCAUCCACGCUCUUCUGGACUCCGGCUCCGAACUAUCCUUCAUAAACGCCGAGACGGUCGAGAAGAUGCAGCAACGGGGGUUCGAGACCACCCUCGCCGAAAGCCAAAUCCAGAUGGUCGACGGUGCGCAUGCGAUGACACGGGGUCACAUCCGAGCGCCCUUCCGCCUGCAAGGGUGCACGUACACGCACGUGUUCACCAUCCUACCGUCCCUCCGAGAGGCUAUGCUCAUCGGAGUGGAUUUAUGGAGCCGACUAGAGCUAAACAUCGCCCCGCCACGACGACCGCAUCUCCAGCGACGAUAUCCGACCUGCGGGAUGACCAACGGCCUGGCCACUCGCACUACCGAGGAGGACGAACGCUUACGCAAGUUCCUGGGAAGCGAAUUACCCAAAUUCCAGGCCGUCACCGGACCAACACCGGUGGCCGAACACCAGAUUCGCCUGAAAAACCAAGUGCCGAUUAAACAACGGUAUCGACCGCGCAACCCCGCCAUGCAGGCCAUUAUCGACGCCGAAGUGGAGGAGAUGGAAAGAGCCGGAGUUAUCGAACCAUCCAGAAGUGCGUGGAACUCACCCAUAGUGGUCGUCCGGAAGAAGGAUGGGAAGCACCGCUUCUGCAUCGACUUCCAAAAGGUCAACGAAGUCACCGAGAAGGACGCCUACCCGUUACCACAAGUCACGGCCACGCUGGACAAGCUAAGGAGGGCCCGAUAUCUCACCACCCUAGAUCUCAAAAACGGUUAUUGGCAGGUACCACUCGCACCCGAGAGUGAUCACCGCGUUUACCGUACCGGGGAAGGGGUUGAUGCAGUUCCGGGUUAUGCCCUUUGGCUUGCAUUCCGCGCCCGCUACCUUCCAACGCCUGCUCGAUUCAGUCAUCGGUCCCGCGCUCGAGCCGAACGUAUUCGUAUAUCUCGACGACAUCAUCGUCAUCAGUCAAACAUUCGAGCAGCAUCUCGAACUGCUGGCCGAAGUUUUCCGCCGCCUCCGCGCCGCCCGACUCCGCUUGAACCCGGAAAAAUGCCGCUUCUGCGUGGACCGGCUCAAAUAUUUAGGGCACGUCGUCGACCGCACCGGAAUCCACACGGACCCGGAGAAGGUCAGCGCGGUAGCCGGGCGGAACCGCGUUCGAUUAAACAAAUCCGACAAUUCCUGGGUAUGGCCUCCUGGUACCGGCGGUUUAUCAAAGACUUCUCGAUCCUCGCCGCGCCCCUCACGCGCCUCACAAAAAAGAACACUCGCUGGACAUGGCGGGAGGACGAGGCGACGGCCUUCCAACAGCUGAAGGACGCACUGACCACCGCGCCCGUGUUCGCGUGCCCAGACUUCAACCGCCGGUUCUUCCUGCAGACCGACGCGAGUACCAGCGGCCUUGGAGCCGUCCUGACACAAUACCGCGAGGACGGGGAACGGGUGAUCGCCUACGCGAGUCGCACACUGACCGGCGCCGAGAAGAACUAUAGCGCGACAGAGCUCGAAUGCCUCGCGGUCGUAUGGGGCAUCCGCCGGAUGCGGAACUAUUUAGAAGGCUACGCCUUCACCGUUAUCACCGACCACCAGUCACUCCGUUGGCUCAAAAAAUUGGAGACCCCGACCGGCCGCCUCGCCCGCUGGUUAUUCGAGCUCCAACAAUUUGAUUAUGAUAUCAAAUACCGCCGCGGCACUCUCAAUCGCGUAGCCGAUGCUCUCUCUCGGCAGCCGGAAACAAUCCCACCGAAGACCAGUGGAAGAUGUGCAUCCCGCGCGAAAGAAGGGCGGACAUCCUGCGCCAGUUCCGCGACGCGCCCACCGCCGGACACGGGGGGGUCGCCAAAACGAUCGCCCGGAUCGCCGAACGGUGCUACUGGCCCGGGAUGUUCCGCGACAUCGCCCGAUACGUCCGACAGUUGCCCGGGUUGCCUCGCCCACAAGCCGCUGCAACAAAAACCGGCCGGAACGAUGCACGCGACGAACAUAAGCCGCCCCUGGGAGCAUGUCACUAUCGACCUCGUCGGCCCGCUACCCAGAUCCCGUCGCGGCCACACGUGGCUCCUGGUCAUGCAGGACCGCUAUUCAAAGUGGGCCGAACUUGCGCCGCUCCGACAAGCCACCGCCAAGGCGGUAACCGGCGAGAUCAUAAACCGGGUGAUCUUGCGACACGGCCGCCCCGACAUCAUCAUUACCGACAACGGGACGCAAUUUAAAUCAGCGCCCCUGGCCGCCCGUCUCAAAGCGUUUAACAUAGAGCAUCGCACCGCGCCCGUACGCGCCCUGCAUUGUAACCCGGUGGAGCGCACAAACCGGACGAUCAAAACGAUGAUCGCCCAAUACGUAGACCGCGACCACCGGGAAUGGGACGAAGCGCUACCGGCAGUCCAAUUCGCGUACAACACCGCCGUACACGACGUCACCGGAUAUACGCCGGCGUUCGUAAACCACGGCCGCGAAUUAACGUCGCCCGCCCCGGCCCUUCCCCGAAACCCAGAAACCCCGACGCCCGACACCGUCCAACGCCGACUCCAGGAAGCCGAGCAGGUCGUCCGGAUAAAUCUGGCCAGAAGUUUCCAGAGACAAGAGCGAUAUUACAACCUCCGACGGAGGCAGUGGCGACCGCAAGUGGGCGAUGAGGUGUGGAAACGAGAGCACCCGCUGUCGAAUAAGGCGAACGCCUUCAACGCCAAGCUCGCACUAAAGUUCAUCGGAUCGCUGGAGGUACGUCGGAUGAUCUCGCCCGUAAUCGCCGAUCUCCGAAGUAGGAGCGGGAAAUGGUACCAACAUGUACACAUACAAGACCUGAAACCCGCUCCGAAAGAUAACAACAACAACAGAACGGAGACCUCCGACGACGCUAGCGAUUACAGCGACGGGGAGAACAACGAAAACAACAAUAAACAGGAUAAAUAG